CGGGGAUUGACUGUACGCAUGUGCGCGGUCGGAAACUCGUUGGCAGCGUUCAUCACAGGGCUACCUGUUCGGGAGUUUGCCGACACACUAUGACUCAUUAGGGAAAAAGGGAAUAUGGCCAUGGGUCAACAACAUCCUUCCAUGAUUAGAAUCCAAGAAAUUCAAAAGGGAAUCCAUGAAGCUAGGCGACUUGUAGUUUCGUUCAGUGGUACACAGUCUGAUAGAGAAUACAAGCGCCUGGAGAGUACUUUGAUCAAGAUGCUGUUUGAGUUAGAUGCAGUAGACACUGAUGGCAAGCCUGACAUCCAGCAUGGCCGUAGAAGUGCAGUGAAUGAUGUGGAGGGACUGCUCAAAGAGUUAGAACAAAUUGCAACUCAUCCAUCACGCCUGAGGGUGGAAAAGGUCUUCAGUGAUGCACAACAGUUGGUUACCAAUGAGUUAUCUUCAGCUGGGGGUUUGAUAACUGAAGAAUUUGCUGAGCGCAUCCAAGAAAUUAUAUUUCAACUGACACAGGUGAAAACAGGAGGAAAAAUUAGCUUGAGGAAAGCUAGAUAUCGAGCUUUGACCAAGAUUUGUGCACUGCAGGACAUCAUUGAAAAUUGUAUUGGUCGGCAAGCCUUAUCUUUACCUCUGUCUGCAGAUACACACCCUUCUGUUCCCAAGAUCAACUCUGUUUUAUGUGAAGUUAGCAAAGCAAGAUGGGAUGUAAUUGGCCUGCUUAUGAACCUGAAUACCUUGGAGAACUGUGCACAUCUUUCCCGUAUUCUCACAGGAUUUUUAAUGCAAUUGGAUGCAAUUGAUGUGGUUGGGCACUCAGAAGCAAGAAACUAUCGGAAACGUGUAGUGCAUGAAAUCAAUUGUUUACUCGAACACUUGGAGAUUGAAUCAGAAGGCGAGGCUGCAGGUAGUUACGAUCUAGCACAAAAUCAGUCUAUCAAACAGAUAGAAGAAAUAGGGAAGAAGACGGCACAUUUAAAACAACAGCUGCUACAACUAGAAAAUGCUUCUGACCUCCAUUUCAAACCAAAAGGAGAACUGCAAAGUGUUCUUACUGAAUUAGAUAAAGUAGACAUUGGCAAAAAUCCAUGUAUCCGUGAAGCUAGGAGAAGAGCUGUAGUUGAUGUGCAGGCUGUAAUAGCUUAUGUUGACCUGAAAGAGACGCUUGCAAAGAGAGCAAACAUGGAAGAGCAACUUAGGGAUGAACAUCCUUCACAGAAAGCUAUAUGGCAGGUUCUGAGCGAUUUGUCAGAAUUUCAAAAGCAGGUAUUGUCAUUUGAUGGAGACAGAACAGACAAGAAUUACAUGAGACUGGAAGAAAUGCUCACAAAGCAACUCCUAGCACUCGAUGCAGUAGAGACCCGAGGGAAUGAUGGUGCUAAGGUUGCCAGAAAACAAGCAGUGAAAUUUGCUCAAAAUAUUCUGAAUUAUCUAGACAUGAAAACAGAUGAAUGGGAAUAUUGAAUAGCAGUUCGAUGCAUGAAGUAUAGUGUUUUUGACUCAUGCUUUGCACUAUUUCUAUUCAUUUAGAAGAAUUGUUGAGGCACAUUUACCACUAUCAGGAAGAUUAAAGUUCAUAUCAUUAAAUUAUGUAAUUGAUUUAGCUAGAUUUUUCAAAGAAAAUUAAAGUUUUUCUUACAUUUUGAAUAGUAAUAUAAUGAAUGCUAUAAAGGUGGUUUGGUAUUUCAUUACAUCAUUAAAAUUGCAAACAAUAUAUGCUUUGUUAGGAGCAAUAUAGCAAGGCAGUGAAUUAUAAUAUUUUGAAAUCGGCAAAAGAAUUGAUAGAUUUAGACCCCAGGUGUUACCGUAUUAAUGCUGGUUUUCAGCCAUUCAUAUUUUUCUUGGGGUUCAUUCAUCUCCAGCACGUCAGCUGACUAGCUGAGAUAACUGGGCCUUGACCUGCAAGCAAACCAUUUCAUUGAUAAUAGUUCAGAUGGAGUGCUGAAAGUGAGCACACUAAUUUUUAAUUUUUUAAAUUUGUUUGUGUAUUUAUUUCUAUUGCCAUUGAAUAAGUCUCCUAUUCUCCCUCAACUAUGUGGGCAUGCAGUUGUGUAGCCACUCAAGUACAUAGUUUGUGGAACUAACAAGCCCAUGCACAAGCAGUAGAUUUUUAAAAUUUGUGCAGUUAUACAAUUAUCUUGAAAGCAACCCAGAAAUGCAAAACAUAAGCUACACAUGGUAGAGAGAAAUUUGAGAAAAUGUUAAAUUUACAUAUUUUAAUGUACAUUUACCAUGCUAGCAUGUUAUCCCACUGGCCUUAUUGCUUUCCCCUAAGAAUCCAUCUGUGUUGAAGAAAUAACAUGGAGAAGUAUUAGAUGAGUUUGAAGGUAAAAUAAUUGAAUGUUAUUGUUAAAGAUUUGACCCACAGAGUUGACAAUAAUGUUUCAAUGAUGUAUCUCCCGUAGGGAGAUAUUUUGUCAAACAUUUACACACUGCACUUGAGAAUGCUUCCUCGAUUUUUGAGAGUCUGACAAUUAGCUUGUGUAAAUGCAUUAUAGCUAGAGAGAUUCUGUAUAGACAAUUGUACUUCAUCAAAAUGCAGUUUAGGUAACACCAAAUAAUACCCAAUGAAAGUAAAAUAAUUUAGUGUAUUUGAAUAUAUGUACAUUUUCCUGAAAUUAAACAAAGGUUGACUGGCUGUUUUAAACAAAAUUGGGGAUUGGUAAUUAGGUUAAGAUUAUUUCAGUGCUCCUUUCAAUAUUUAGCAAAGAAACUUUGAAAAACUUUAGGAUUUUACUCUGGCUUAACUUGAUAGUGACUCCAAUAUUUUGUAUUGUGUUUACAUCAUACAAAAAUGAUUCAAUCUUUAUAUACUUUCCACUGAAUGAGACCAAAGUUAAGUAAAUUAAUUGUACAGUUUAGUUAAAGCAAACCAAAGUGCAUUAUUUGCAAUGCCCUUUUCAAAUGAAUCAAUCAGUCAAUCUAUAUAGUCACACUAUAUUCAUCAUGGCUGUCCUCAUCCCACAAAAGCUGAUUCAGUCUGUUGUAUCAAAUGAAAUAACAAUGUGUCCCCAAUGCGCCCAGAAAUUAAUGAUAUAUGACAUUAAUUAACUUCUAACGAUUUUAAUUGAUAGUACUGAAUAUUGACUUAAUCAGCAGUUGUCUUGAAUAUAGUUUAAACCUAAAAUAUCACUCAUCAUUAAUAGGGGUUGAGAAUUAUAGUUAAAACAUUGUAUUUGAAAUGUUGGGGGCCUUAUAGCAAAUUGAACAAUAUCAAUUUGCAUUUAUAAUCAGAAGUACAUGGAUUCAGCAAUGUUUUUACUUUCCAGUUAAAAAACAAGUAAGCCUUUUUUUUUGAAAAAUGUGUUUGUAUGAAGCCUCUUAAAUUUUUCUUUUUAGUGAGGGUUGAUAUUUCCUUUUUCAGUAUGCUGCAUCACUAAUGUGGAGUAAAAUUUAACUGGAUAUGGCUGCAGUUCGAAUCAAAGGAUUGAGUUGCAGCAGCUUGAUAUUCAUGCUCCCAUGCUUGUACUGUACUUGUAUAUUUUGUAAAUAAUAACAGUUGCUCUUUUUUAAAGACAGAAACACAUCAAUCAUAAAUUGCUUAAAAUAUGCUCUUAGAAUUCAUCCAUAUCUCAAUAUCUGUGCUAUGCAUUUGCUGAAAAUGUAUCGUUAAAUGCCUUAGUUUUGUAAUGGAUCAAAAAUUGCAAUACCUCAACACUGAAUUUAAAAUACCAUGUUAAGAAUAAUGCAGAUUUGUAGCACAAUAUUAUUGUGUCACAAAUAAAUCUUUUAGCAAAUUAUUCUGGUACCUGCAAUACCGAUCAGUUUCUUUUUACACUGCUUAAAUUCAGUAUCAAUCAACUGACUAUACUUUUUUAAUCAGUUGGAUGAAUAUCGUUAAAAUCAACAGUUCAAAAUUCAUCUCUAAAAAAAUUACAGCAAUGAUAUCAGCUGUGAAAUAUUAAUUUUAAAUUGCACUAAUGUAAUUUUUUGAAAAAAUAAAUUUGAACAAUUUUUUUCUAGUGUGAAUUGGCAAACCAAACAAUGCUGUUAAUAUUUGCUCAAUUGAUAUUGAAAUGCACUCUCUUCUAAAGUUAUUGAUUAUAACAGAUUUAAAAGUUUCAGCAAGUGUCCUAUUGAUAAUUAUAUUUUUCCAAGGGUCCACUUGGCCAAUAAUAACUUGAACUGUUGGAUUAUGGGAUGAUUAUAUUUAAAAAUAUAAUCCUCUGCAUUAUCAGGUUGUACUCUACCUUCGAAUAAGUUUCAUUCUCCAUGUGAUUUCUAUUUAAGAUUUAGGGUAUCUCCAAAGAAAUUGUUUUUCUAGUCACGUUUCAUCAUCAACAAACAAAGUAUUUUAUUUAAAUAAUACUGCCAUACUAAAGAUUAAUGGUUUACUUGAAAUAUUUAAAUAUUACUGAUCAGCAUUGUGUGUUUUCUUUGGUAUGAUAAUGUUAAUUUUUUUGAAUUGUUUGAAAUAAAUAGCAACUUCUCAAUUCAAAUACUUGGCAUAAAUUCUAAGUUUCUGAGUUCAUUUUUCAAAGAUUAAAAAAUGCUAUUUUGCAAUACAUCAAUCUAUAAUUACAACAAAAUUUUAUUAGUAUAUCUGUGCAACAAAUAAUUGCAUUUGAAAAAACACUUAAUUGUUUUCUUUGACUAAAAAUAGCAGCCCAAAGAAAUUAAUUUUAUUUUCAUGGGUGUACUGAGUUUCUAGCUAAUCUUCAAAGACCGGCAUUUGACAAAAUUGUGAAUUGUUUAUAAACGCUAAAUGUGUAAAUUCAUGUUAAAUUGCUAUGUGCAGACUGAGGAAUUAGUAGCUCCAGCGUACUAUGGUUGUCAUGUGUUUCACAGUUUUAGAGACUUUGGUGAACAAGCUUUGGCAAGUUGUUGGAGUGCACUGAGUAAAACUUCCAACAUCUUGAAGGAAAAGGGUAGCAAGUAUCUGGGAAUGACAUCAUCUCCAAGUCAAACAUUAGCCUAAGUUGAACAUAUAUUGCCAUUCCUUCAUAAUUGCGUGGUCAAUAUGCCUGCACUAUUGCCACAUACAACAGCUUAUUGAAGAAGGUGACUGAUAUUGUCAAUAACUUCUGACCCUGCCAGUAAUGCCUAAUCCUAUGGCAGUAUAGUUUAAGAUAAAAAUUGAAACUAUUUGAUUAAUGUAUUCUGAGAAGACUGACAUGAGCAUUGAAAUCGUGGAUAAAUAAACAUAGAAUAAAGUAUGGGAGUAUGAAAGUGCAGUAAGACAAAAGGUAUUCAGGUGUUUGAUUGAGGUCACAUUGGUGUUUUUAAGACGCUAUGCAUAAAGUUUUUUUUUCAUAUUGGUAUUCUGCUUGAGAAUUUGUGCACCAAUAUUUUCAUAAUAGCCCUGUUUCAAUUUCCAAUUUUGAAAUGUGAACAUGACAAACUAGUGAAUUAAAAACAAAAUGAGACUAAAAUCAAAAUACAGCAGUUCUGGCAGCAUUUAUGGAGACAAAAGCAAAAUUAAUAUUUCAGAUUUAGAUGAUCGGUCAUCUUUCUAAUUUUUAAUUCAGAAUUUCAUCCCUGCAGUAUUUUGCUUUUGUACUAAUAUAUCUGAGACACUUAGAUUUUCAGGGCUGAGUUAUCAGAAUGUGAAGAGUGCAGAUGACACCCAGGUUUGCAGGUUGACUAUCCUCAUAAGCCACCAGGGUGCAUUGUUUAUAGACAUGAUUCGUUUCCACAUCGUGUAACGUUAUUGCAGAGUUCAGCUUGGUGUUGCUUUGCUGUACUCUAGAUUCUGAGGGCACCACUUAUGAAUAAAUCAAGCAAGGCUGUAUGCUGUCAAUUUACUGAGACCAGCUUCUUUUCAUUUUAUAAGUAGCCCUGCCAUUUAUUUUGGUGUUUUGUUUUGCUGAUCAUUUUUGUCUAUGCCAUCACAUGAUUCAGGCUUGCAAAACUCAAGAGUGUGUUUACUAUUGUAUUUCUUGUUGAAUGGUGUUAAAAUUAAAUGUUAUUGAAGUUUUGAUUGAUUAAAUGCAUGUUUUGUUUGUCUUGACUGAAACCCAAUUCAGUGUUUCUGUGAAUAUAUUAAAUAGAAUAAUUUGGCAAAUAAAA